CCAACAUUUUGCCCGUCUAGUCGCAACUGAAUUUCUUUUAGCCCCGCGUAAAAUGAAGACGGUGAUUGUGGUGGCUGUUCUUUGGCUGCUGGGCCUGAGCUGGGCCAAAAUUGACCAAGUCAAAAAUUACAAGCAAUCCUUCCAUCCGAAUUAUCCAGCUGUCCGGCAGCGGUUUGCUCGUGCCCAGCCCGCCAUCUACGCCCCAGACAAAGCUCUUUCCUGGGUCGACAAUUAUUACGAACGCUCUUACGCUCCUCAACCCUAUAGCUUCGGCUACGAGGUGAACGAUGGAAACAACAACUACGGGCACCAGCAGGAAAGCGACGGAAGCGUCACGACCGGAUCUUACCGGGUUCUACUGCCCGACGGCCGGACGCAAAUUGUCAACUUCCGGGCCGACAAGAACGGAUACGUUGCCGAUGUCAAAUACGAGGUGUCCCUCUUCAGCAAGCCGUCCAGCAGCAGCAGCAGCUCCUACAGCAAUAGAGCACCUGCUGCUGCUCCAGCCCCGAGCUACAAAGUGCCGGCCAAGUCCGCCAGCCCUAAAGCCUGGACGGCCUUUACUCAAUUCAAACCAGCCGCCAAAAGGGCCUCGUACAAAUCCGAUUUGAUUGCCGCUUACGGCUCGAAGGUUAUUCAAGACGGCCCUGGCCGCCCGGCAGGCUCUUACAAAGUGCUGGAUGGAAAUGAAAUUGAAUAUGUUCAACCCACCACGCCCACCACUCCGUCGUACGUAAUAGCCGAGCCAAUUGACGCCUACGACAAUGAUCCGACGACUCCAGUUUACUCUCAAAAUCCAGCAACGACGGAAUACCAGGCCAGCACCACCACCACCACCACUCCGGCACCUACCACUGCUGAAAGGGAUGAUGCAAUAGUCGAUUCCGUGGGGGCGUGGACGGCUUUCAAAGAGGCGGAUGAAAUCACUUCGGCUCCGAUCUACGAAGCCAAAGCUGUUUAUCGAGUUAUUCCGGAAACGGAUUACGCUACCAGUGACCCCCGUCCAGCAUCCGAGUCCUACGUCAACGACAGAGCCCCAGCAAUUAUUCCGGCAGAGUCCAGCAGCAGCAGCCAGGACGUGCGGAUCAGUCCAGCAUAUGGAGAAGUUGAGUCAACCAGCACCACUCCUUAUCAAGCAGCACCUUCCACUCAAACUUACAGAGUGGCACCAGUUCCGUCUUCCCCUCAGUACGAAAUCGCCACACCGGAGGAUGCAGAUUCUCCAGGGCCGUCUACGCCGGCCUAUAGUGUCCAGCCUCCCGUCAGGCCGGCCAUCCAACCUCCCUCUGAACCAAAAAUUCCGCAAGUUCCCAGUUAUGACGAGCCGGAGAGGCCCAGCACAGAAACGUCCAGUCCAACUGACGCCGUUCCGGCCGGAGCUGCCCCAUGGUCAGCCUUCCGGCAGUUGCCGGCUGCCAAUCGGAUCAGACCCGUUCCGUUUUACGCCAGGGAGGGUUACGUGGCUCCGACCACCUUCAAACCGCCAAUCGCCAUCCGAUUUGCAUCAUCAGCAUCGGCUGGAAACUCUCCGGCUCGUCCGGCCGCCGCCGCCUCAUCCCGGCGAGAUUCUUCCGCUCCGGACUGGACCACUUGGACGGCAUUCCGGCCUACUCGUCACCAAUCAUCCGCUGCCACCACUCCGGUCUCUUCUAAUUCCAGAUUGCCAUCACCUCUCAUCUUUAGACAACGAAAAGUUUAAAACAAAUCAGGAAAUCUCUUCCAUUUUCAGUUGUCAUCACCGGAUGAUUAUUAAUUUUUAAAAAUCCGGCUGACGAUUAGUCCUAUUGUUUUCCAUCCAAAAAAUUGCUUUGUACAUAAUCGCUCGAAUGUUCCAUCUACUUAAAUAAAAAAAUUUUAAA